AUGCCCCAAGAAGCUCUAAAAGAAGACGAGGAUCUCCGGUACAGCGACGGAAAUAUCAUGAUCAUCGCCAACAACUGCGCUUUCCGCCUCUACAAGGGUAUCCUUGCAUCUGAGUCCCUCGUCUUUGAAAACAUGUUCUCUGUUCCUCAACCCGAAGACGCGGAAUAUAUAGACGGCUGUCCGGUAGUGAGUCUUGCGGACCGCGCGAGCGAUCUUCGGGUCUUCUUCAUGUGGCUGUUCAAGAGUCAUCUCCCUCGCUUCCAUCAUGUGUGGAGCGGAAGCUCUUACGAAGUGGCCUCCCUCCUCCGCAUCGGUCACAAAUACGAAGCGCUCUCAGCCAUCGAGCCCGCCGUCUUCCGCCUCAAGAGUCGCCUGCGGUCGCCUUUCUGGGACUGGGACUAUCAAGAAGAUGCAUGGACGGGCCUGGAAUGGGACUUGGAUUGUGACAGCGUCAUACUGCACUUGGACCACAUCUUCGACAUCGUCAACCUCAUGCGCCUCGUCAAUGAGUUCGCGACGUCCCCCAACGCCCCCCGCUUCUCCCGCUCGGAGGCCGCCGUCGCCCUGUUCUACUCCUGCGUCGUCGUGGACGCCUCGCCCAGCCUCCUCUGGGACGGUCAGGCGCGCUCCGACGGGACUGUCGACCACCUCUCUUCCCGGGCUCGCGAGUGCUGCAUGCGCGCCCUGGAGUUCAUCCACGACGAAACGCACCGUUCGGUCGCCGAGGCCUUCUCCAAUUUUGAAUCGCGCUUCACAAACAGGCCAGACAGAAAUCUCAAGGUUCAGAAAUGUCUUCACGAACUCGACCCUGACGAGCCCUGUUUAUCGAAAAUCAGGGAGCGCGCCGUGAAGGACCGCCUCAAUAUCGAUGGGAAGCCGAAGGUGCAGGAAGCUUGGGUCAGGAUGGACAAGUGGACGGUGCCGCCUUCCGCGUACGUGGAAUGCCUCGGGAACCUGUGCUCCCGAUGUAUGGAGGAAUUGCUUUCGUGUCACUACGGUGCGCUCGAGUCGGCGUGGCAUCGGAUCGAAUCGUUCUUGUUAGACGCUUCUGGCUGGGUCCCUAACGAUCCGUGA